UCUUUUUCUGCUCUCGCGUAUCUUUGACUUCCGCUUCCGGGAAGAAGUUCUUUCUUUCUCUGUGGAGGCGACGUUGACGGUGGCAAGAUGGUGAGAUGUUUGGAUCCAAAGCCAUCCGCUUCGGGGGCUAAGGGCAGCGGUUCGGGCGUGGGUCUCAGAGAAGCGGCGACAGACGGCCGACAGGGCUGGGGGGAUUUGGUUGGGGAAUCGCUGGGUUGUGGAGAGAAGGGAGGUGGAAAAGGCCCGAGGUUGGCAAGGCCAGAAUGGGCAUGGAGGGGAAGGGUAGACCCUGAUUGUGCCUGUCCAGGGAGCGAGGUCCUGAUGGUAGUGCAGGUCGCUCUUAGGCUAUUGUAGGCUGCGCUGUGGUUCAGGUCGCGGGGGUGUUGGCGGAGGGCACGGUGCAUAUAAUGGCAUUUACAUUUCUGCGUAUAGAAAACUAGCUUGUCUGUGGAAAGGUUUCCAACCCAGCCUUCUCGUGCUGAUUUUCUGCUGGCGGGGAUUUGAUUAUUUGUAAUUCCGUCGUGUAAACCUGUCGAUUGCCAUGUGUACCUCAGAAGACCAGUUGCUGUGGGAUGUGAGAAUGCUGUUGUGCUCAAGUCCUGUUUUUAUUUUAUUUCACAAUUUACACUUGAAAAGAACACUGCUGUGAGCUAUGUUCCAUUGGCCCCUUGUAUGCAUUUUCGCUAGGUGGGUUUUCCUAUUAAGGGGCAUCUUACUCUGCCUGACCACAUGGUAUGCUAAUUAUCUAGUUAGCAGGAUAUAAUCACAUGGUUGCAUGCAAAGCUAAGGAGACACACUUACUGCUGUAAAACUUAACUUGCUCUUCUUUGCCAGGUGAACGUCCCCAAAACCCGCAGGACUUACUGCAAAAAGUGUGGGAAGCACCAGCCCCACAAAGUAACCCAGUACAAGAAGGGCAAGGAGUCUUUGUAUGCUCAGGGUAAGUUGCAGAAGUGUACAUUUUACUCCCAAUUUCUUGGAAUCACAAAGAGCAUGCCUGCAAUAUUGUAGAAAUUGUACAUUUUUUUGAAACUUGGGAUUGCCAUCUGUAAAACAUUAUUUGAGCAUAUCUUUCAUUAAUUUAAGAAAAUGCAGGAGGAGUACAGAGCAUUGUGCCAUGUGGGAAAUACGGAAUCAGUUCAUGUCGUGAAUACAUGAAGCGUUCUACUUCAUUAAGUGGAUUUUGCUUUUACUUUGCAGUGUUGGCCUUUGUGUGCACAACCCGUACAAAAUGUGGAGGCGGGGGGGGGGGGGAUAAGGGAAUAAAUACAGAGGUUCCCUUAACAUUUAAAAAUAAAGAUUCUCCCUGCAUAUACCUCAUCACACAACACUGUGACAGUAAAAUAGAUAAACAACACCUGGCUUGUGAAACCUCAGAACCAUAGGGGAGAAAAAUAGGCAAGGUAAGCUGUUCCGAGAAUGUGUGGCAGGAGGAAACAGUUGCAUGUUGUAGGAAUACAGAUAGCCAACCUACCUCAUGGUGAAGUUGGUUUUUCCUGUGUCUUGUAGUGUUUAGGGGGGUUGAGUUUCAAGUAGACUUCACUGUUAUCUGAAGGAUUUAAUUUCUUCCCAUUAGGAAAGCGGCGAUAUGAUCGCAAGCAGAGUGGCUAUGGUGGCCAAACAAAGCCCAUCUUCCGCAAAAAGGUGAGCCUAACUGGAAGGCUAUGGGAACUUGUAUGGUGCAACUUGAAGCUGAGUAUGCUGGUGUGGAACUGGAGAAUUCCUGUUGCGGGUUUAUUUCAGGAAUUAAUAUGAAUGAAUGAAUGAAUGAAUGAAUGAAUGAAUGAAUGAAAAAUCAGGACUUCUGGGACUGGAUCUUCCUUUUUAGGAUCUCAGCUUAAUUUUGGUCACUUUUCAUUUUCACGGAAUACUAAUCUGACUGAUUACCUCACCUUUUCACUUUUCUGCUUCCCUUUCUGCCUUGCCUUGUAAGUAGGUGUAGGGAAGGUAGGGGACAAAUGUUGAGAUAGGCCUUUGUCAGGGCCUGAAUAGACUUUCUUUUCUGUUUCAGGCAAAGACCACAAAGAAGAUUGUGCUGAGACUGGAAUGUGUGGAGCCCAAUUGCAGGUCAAAGAGAAUGCUGGCCAUUAAGAGGUGCAAGCACUUCGAGUUGGGAGGAGACAAGAAGAGAAAGGUACAAUCCUUUGCUAAGUCAUGUUCUGUGCAAUGCUGGCCCCAUCCUUUAGUGUCCAAAGUGAUGCUGCCUGUCUUGCUAAUUGUGGGUGUUUGUUGUGACAGUGAGAGAUAAUAGCUGUCCUUUGGACCAUUAGAUUGAUUGUAAAAGUGGGUUUGAUAUAGUGUGAUGACAGAAAAGAGUUGGAGGAAUAAAUAAGUGAAAACAAAUCAGGAUAUGUACACCUUUCUCAUGCACCUAUCUUGUUUUAGGGCUUUUUGUAGGAGUGCAGUGGAUUCAAAUAGUAUGAAAAACUAUACUUUUCAGGGUGCCUUAUAUGGGACCCACAAUCAUGCACGUUUAAAAUCAUUUUCUAGGUUUAUCUUUCGUCUUUGGGAGUGGUCCUGGUCAGCUGAUAGCAAGUGAUAAGCGUCUUUUGCAAAUGGGGGGUGGUGGGGAAUCUACAAAAUUAAAAAUGCUUUUGGGUGCUGUUGGCUGUAUACUCAGUCUGGUUUUUUUAUUUCCCCUUACAGGGCCAGGUUAUCCAGUUCUAGGCUGCUGUGGAACCCAUUGUUGGUUGGUGUAUGAAAUGUAAUAAAAGUCCUAUUGGAUCACCCUAAU